AAAUUUCAAUAUUCUACGUCAUAUUUUAUUUCUACUAGCAGGAUUUUGACUUUAUGCUUUUAAUAUUUUAUCAAACUUUGGAUAAUUAUCAUCCUAAAUGGCAGUUGGAUACAUCGAUUGGAACAAAUCCUGGACUGGGGUUCCGACCACUUCCUCAUCCCGAUAAUGUGGACAGUACCCUGAUUUGGUUUACUCAUGGCGGUGGCUCCACAAGUGCUGGGUGGAGAUAUUGGGUGGAGUCAUUAGACAAAUUUAUACGCCCAUACCAGGGUGGACAGCAAUUUGGUGAACAUGUGCUUUCCUGUGAUUUUGAAACUCAGUAUGACAAACCACAUGUAUGUAAAUUUGAUAUCGAACAACUUGGUGAUUUUUGUACAUACCCAAAUCAUUUUGGAUACGAUGUUGGACAUCCAUGUGUUUUAUUGAAAAUUAAUCGGAUAUUCAACUGGAAACCAGUACCUUAUACAAAUGAUACAUUUCCACCUACCAUGCCUGAUUAUUUAAGAGCAGCUUAUAAUCCAAAUUAUGUAUAUAUUUCAUGUCAAGGAGAGAAUGCAGCAGACAAAGAAAAUAUAGGCCCAGUCAAAUAUUAUCCAGAAAAUGGUGCAAUUCCAAAAUACUAUUUUCCAUUCACCAAUCUGGAUGGUUACCUCUCUCCUUUUGUGUUCGUCCACUUUGAAAAUCCUCAAGCUGGAGUCCUGAUCAAUAUAGAAUGCAAAGCUUGGGCAGCUAAUAUUGAACAUGACCGGACUGACAGACUGGGUAGUGUUCAUUUUGAGUUAUUAAUCGACUAACACAGUUGGUUUUUUUUUAUUAUUUUUUAUUAUUAUUUUAUUUUGGUUCUCGCUUACCACUUGUCUCACAUUCUAGGUAAGAGUUUAAAUUUAUUUUAGUCCCAGAGCCAUAUUGUAUCACUUUCUAGAUGAAUGCUGCCUCUACUAAUAUUUAGAUUUCAUAGCUAAAUUAACUCUCGUGCCUAGCAGCGUGACGUUAAGUCACACAUUAUAUGUACUACAGCUUAGAAAUCUCCUGCCAUAGCAUUGAGUGAGGGACAAUCCUCAGACCUGUUUUCUCUUCUCUUUAUUCUAUCAUCCUGUUAGAUGCAGCCAUUGUAAAUGUAUUUUUGGGAAUUUUACACUGGUUAGAUAGUUGCUUUUCAUAUGGAGGAUAUAAUUGUUUUAUCUAGAAAUGAGAUGUAGCUAUUAUUUUCAUUGUCCAGGAGUUGAUGAACUGCCUUGAAGACUUGUUUUGUCUCUUAUUUUAUUUAAUAUACAGACUAUAAUUAAUUUAUAUUUGUUCUAAUUCUGGCAGUGCUGUAGUUAGCAUUUCAUAAAAAUUAUAGCAUCAGGUAACUUUUUUUCCUUGGUUUUUGUUAAUUCACAUAAUAAUUGGUAUAGUGAAAUAUUUUCACAAAUAAUGUUUAAACUCUGUUAUUGAGGUUUAUUUUUAUUUAAGUGUUCACUUUUAUCAUCAAAGUGUGGAAAAGUUAGAAUAACAAUAGUUAUUGUACACAAGCUGCUAUGUCUUUCCUCACACUGCCUAUGAAGCAGCAGAUUUGGUAAACUCAGUAAAUCUGGCUGUAAAAGAUUUGCUUCAAUUUUAGCAAAAUUUUACAGCCAAAACAAACUGGGAAAACAACAAGUUGUAGUUUGUUAGACACUCAAUAAAAAAUUUAACAUCUCUGUUAUUCAUUUAAAAUGAAAAGUAUAGAAUAUAGUGUAAAAGGUGUGCCUUUUAAGAAUAUGUCUAGUGAAUAAUGAUGGAUUUCACACGGAUCAUAGAUUAAUUCAUGACUUUCAUUGUGUUCAUAAUCAAUAAGCAUUUAUUUUUCUGGUGUAGCCAUAUUAAUUCUAAUGAUUUCUUGAAAUGUAAAUUUUCUGGUUCAUUCAAAAUUUUUUACCUCUUGGAAAUUUUUAACUUUCUUAUUUAAAGUCACAAAUUGUUCUGUAGACUUUGAGUAUUAGUAUUUUAAUUUACAAUAGCUUGUUAUUCUUUUCUUCUCUGAAAAAUGAUAAAAUCCUUUAUACAUUAAAAAAAAAAAAAAAAAAAAAAAAAACUUACUUCUGUUUUUUAUGAAGUUUAAUGUGUAACUAAGCUAGGCAUUCAGAAUUCAAAUGUGUAGAUUACUGGGUUUGAAUGAAGCAAAAAAAAAGUGUGUCAGUAGUAUUUGACAUGUAAUUCCGUUUGUAACAUUUGAAAUAUUCCUUUUUGAAUGCCAUUUAAAAGAAAAAUAACGUUUUCUUGCUAAUUUUUGCAAUGAAUCAAAGAAUAUCAAGUUUCUUUCCCAGUGAUGCAUAAAAUUAUCUAGUUCAAAACAAAAUAAAUGAAUCAAAUUAUUCAUAUUAAAUUUUUUUUUCACUUGCAUUAUCUGAUUGUUCUUUUUGAGUAAUUUUAAUUUACAUUUAGAAUUAUAUGUUAUUUAUCAAUGGUAUUAUGUUGUUAGUGAAAAAAUACCUGAUAUAUUUUUGUCUCCAUCUUUGUCCAUCAAUCAUUGUUGUGGUUUGUCUAGUCACAUUGCAUCUUGUUUAUAUGAAUAUGAUAUUCUAGAGUAUAAAUCUGUAAGAUAUUAAAUACCUAAUAUUAUAUAACUUUUAAAAAUAUAUUUUAUAAUCAAUGGAAUGAGAUAUUUUUAAGAAAUGUUUCUGUUAAAAAUCAUUUCUCUUUUUUACAUAUUUUGAAUCUCAUUUGUUUGUUGAAUUCAUAUUGCUGUGAGUUGCAUUCCAUUUUUAUUCUUUGAUUUUGUACAGUACAGUGCUCUUAUUGGAGGGGGGAUCAAUAGGAGUAAUUUUUUUAAUAGUUAAAUGUUAUGAACAAUUAGUUUUCCUAACUGAAAUUUAAACAAUGUCUUUAAGCACCUGUUUCACAUAAUUGUUGCAGUUAAAGUAUGGGAACUGUUGAUAAUUAAGCUUUCUUGCAUUAAACUGUUGCAGGGGAAAAUCAUUUAAAGAUUACAGUCAGCUGUUAAAAAUUUCAAAUUUGAGUGAUAUGCCUAAUCAGUGAGAAGUAAUACUGAAAAUGUUGUAAGUUUGCAUAUAGUUGUUAGUGAAUGAAUAGGAUUUAAUUUAAGGAAUAAUGUAAAGAGAGGAAAAAUAACUGAAUGUUUUUAUUUGUGCUUCCUUGUGAGUAACUUCAGUUCUAUAAUAUCCUUAAAUUAAUGAAAAACAAAGCUAUUUCAUCUGAUAAUCAGUAUUUUUUAAAAUAUAAAUUGUAUAUUAACUCAGGAAAAAAUAUUGCAAUUUUUUCAGUAUUAAAUAUAAGUGUUUAAUUAUAAGGAAUCUAAAUUACAUAAUAUGAUCCUUAAAUUAAUACAAACAAAGCAACUUCAAAUACAAACAAACUUCUGAUAAUCAGUAUUUUUUAAAAUAAUAAAUUGAGUAUUAACUCAGGAAAAAGUUAUAGCUUUGUUAAAAACAUUUCAGUUUUUUUCAGUAUUAAGUAUAGGUAUUUAAUAAGGUGUCUUAAUUAUGCAAGAUAAAAUUAUGUGUUAUUCAUAUUGGUUUAUCAUAUUUUAUUGUAUAUCAUAAACAUAAUUUUUUAUCAUAACCAUGUCAUAUAUCAUAUGUUGUAGUGAGAUAUAUGAAUUCAGAAGCACUCUAAAAUGAUAGUUUUAUAAUUGUUUUAGAGAAUGUUACACUGGAUAAAAUACUUUCGUUUAUCAAUAGAAAAAAUAAAUUGAUAUUUAUGUCAUCAAUUAAUUCUCCAUGUUAAGUUUUUCCAAAUAAGUGCUAAACAUAUAAAAUCUGAGCUUGUGAAUUCCCAAUUGUAUGCUAAAGGGAAAAUUUCUUAUUUUAAAUUCCUUAAAACAUUAUAUAUAUGAAUGGUAUGCUUGUUGUUGAUUUAUAUAUAAUUUUCAUCAAGGUAUACUUGUAAUUAAAAUUCUCUUGGUGAAAAUCCGAGUGUGUUGAUAAGUUUUCAGAAGUGAGGUGAACAUAUACUUUGAUGAAAAUGUUAAUAUAAUAAAUUGGCAUUUGAUAAAUUCUUUUGUAAAACAUUUGGACUGUAACAAAUCAUAAGUUACUGUUUUGUGAACCCCUGCUUAAGAGUUAACUGUGCUGAUAUAUUUUUAUUCAUGCGAGUUAUUAAUCUCAAGAAUAUAUAUAGGCUCAGGAAGUAAAGUGUGAUGUAUGCAUUGUACUUAAUUUUUAUGAUCUCCAUUAAGUCAACUUCUUUGAAGUUGAAUUUCUUAAUUUUAUUAUAACAACUGUGUCUUCGAUUAUUUAUUUAUGACUGUCAUUUGCUUAACAUAAUUAUUUUGUGUAAAAGGAAGGCAAAAUUACAUUUAAUUCCCUUUAAUACUUCCUAAGUCUAUAUUUUUUUGCAUUGAAAUGCACAUUUUAUUCAUAUUUCCCCUUCAUGCAUAUACUCUGUUUGUAUAUUUAGUUUCGUUAUACAAUUAGACAUUAAGUGGCUUUAAAGAAAACAUGUCCUCUAUGUUGAAUACAGUAUUUUUUUUAAAUAUGAUAAAGGCUAAAGCUUGUUAUUAAUCUUGUUAUGUGGACAUGCUAGACUUGUGCAACUCACACUGCAAAUAUUAUCUGUAUGCUGUGUCAGGAAUUUUUGUCUACAACUGAAUCCUUUAAAUUAUGGAACACAAAACUCAAAUAGAUGAAAAAAAGAUAGUAAUAAUAAUGAAAAAAAACCUCAUUGCUUUCAUCGUAGUACAUACCAUCUGUAUAAGUUUUAAACUAUAAAUUAUUUUAGUUUAUAUGUGUUGUUUGAUAUAUGUUUACAUAUUCUUUAUAAGUGUGUCUGUUUUAUGUAUAUAUUUCAAUAUGAGUGAUACUGGUGCAUUAUAUUUUUAUUUUAUCUUAUUUAUUGCUCUGAAUGGAUAACAUGCUGUCUCGUUCCAUUUCAGAAUGUAGUUAAAAUCAGUUUCAUGCUCGUCAGUCAAAUGCCUGUACUGUUAAUUUGAUCUGCCUGGCAUUUUAAAAUCACAACUAUUUUUUUAGGCUGGUAUUUACUAGUCAUCUCUUGCACUUUAAAUUAUGAGCAUCAUAAAUUAUGUCAAAAAUUAGGCAGAAUGACAUGAGAUUUUUUCAUGAAAUUGCAAAUAAAGUAAGUAGACGAAUCGUCCUGAACAUAAAUUUUGCUGUGAAGUUGUGCAGUUGUUACACUGAAGCAUAGAUUAAAUAAAUUAUGUUUUAGCUCAUUCUAUACUAUCAUGAAUCUCAGAUUGAGAACGAGGAGUUUAAAAUAUGAAAAUAUGCUUAAGUGUACUUUUAUGUAGUGAAGAAACAUAUUUCAAAUAUAAAAUGUGAACUGCCAUAAAAAUACAGUAAUCUUUUUAACUGAAUAUCAUUUUUAAAUGAGGUAUUGUUUUUAUGACAAUUUACUUUUGCAAAUUUGUUGAUAUAUUCUCUUUUAAUUUUUAUAGGUAUUAAGUUUUUGUAAAGCAUUUUCUUAUCACUCAGUUGUUGUAAAAGGAUAAGACAAAGCUCAAUUUUUUUUUAUUUUUUAAUGAAAUUAUGAUUGUAAUUUUUAUUUAGAUAUGUUUUCCUGUAUUCUGUCAUUAUGUUAAUAAAUGCUGUAAUAUGGCAAUGUCUUUCCUUAAUUUAUAAUUAUAAAAAUGAAUACAUCUGAUAACAUAAUUUGUAAUCAUAAGCAUAAUUUUUUUAUGUAUGUCAUACUUUCUCUUGUUUUUUUCUCACAGAAAAGAUAGUAGUAUUAAUUCAGAUAUUUUUGCUUCUUUCAAAAAUUUACAAAACCAUCAUUUGUAAUAAAAAGUUUUUUGAAUAAAAUUACUGUAAUGCA